AAGUCGAGAGAGGCUCCACUUGGUGCCAUCGCCAGGCACCUUUUAGCUCUUUGCUGGACCUAGUACCGCUCCAGUACGACGUCAGCUGUGCCUUGCGUCGACUGGAGCCGCGGAGCACGCCGUCGAGCGCUGCAGGAACAGCAACAGGCCGAUUGGUCAGAUCGGAGGUUUCGGCCUCUGUGUCGCCUGCGCCGCGGACGCCAGCCACCGCCGCGGUCACAGUCACCGCCGCGGACGCCGGCGCCGCACGCCAGCCGCCGCGGACGCCAGCGAGCGACCCGCGCGCCCGAGCGACCCGCACACAAAACAAAAUGGACGCCGCCACGGCAACACCGCCCACAGACUUCGUCCCGCGCGCGGCCCACGUCCAGCUCGCCGGCGACCUCGACACGGACGCCACCCCCGUAAAAGUCACGGGCACCUGGGCCUACGCGCGGAGCACGGCGAUGGGCGCCAAAGGGGUUGAGUUACCUUUUUCUUAUGAGAGAACGCGCGCGGCGACGCCCGCCGACGUCUACGUCAAAGUCCCGGACCAGAAGAAGAAGAAGAAAGCUCCCCAAAGGCACCCCGCGACGGACGCCGCGAGGGCGGCGUCCGCGGCCAAUGCUGCUUUGAAAGCAGAUGCAGAUAGAGCUGUUGAGCAAGCGCUGGACGCGGCGGACGCCGGGCGCGCGUCGCCGCGGGAGCCCUGGGAGGGUUUUUAUGAGGGUUCGUUCGUCUUGCGAAGGCAUGGGAGGGACGCCCCUGUGGCGGAGUCGUUUGCUUUAUGGAGAGCAUCGGAGGAGUGGACUAGUUGUGAAGAUGGCAACGCGUUUUUUGAUAAAGAGGCUACCGCGCUGCACACAGCUAGAGGUGUGGGCAUCAAUUCCUACGGCAAGUUCCAUUUGCGCGGGGCCGUGUUCGAUGACGGUCGCUUGCGGUUGGAACGAUCGUAUGCCGCGGCCCCGAAGCGCAAGGUCCAGGCCGCGCCGCGGCGCAUGGUCUCCGUGCCGCUCGUGGCGCCGCCUCGAUCUUCUACAAGAGAAAGAAAAUCCACGCACGUCUUCGACAACUCCGCGGAGCCGUCUCGGAGACGCGGCGCGGAAAGUUCUUCGGACGAAGAAGGUGAUGCGGAGCGCGAGCUCAAACGCAAACGCAGGAGGGAGCGCGACGCGAUUCGAAGGGCUAAAAGAAGGGCAGAAGGCCACGAGAGUGAUAGUAGUGACGAUGUGGCUUAUUCCGGCCCGCAGCCGGCGCAGCAGACGAUCGAGUGGCGGGCGGCGUACCAUGACCACGCGUCCGAUGAGGUGUACUGUGGCGAAGUGGCGGCGGAGACGGGUCUGAGGCACGGGCUUGGCGUUGUGGUCUACUUAGCACACGAACACAGAAUCUAUGAGGGCGAGUGGCGCCACGGCCGGGAGCACGGGAGAGGUGUUUUAUUAGCGAAGGAUCGCACGGUGCUGUACGACGGCGAGUUUACGGACGGCCGACUCCAUGGGAGAGGCAUCUGUUACUUACCCAAUGGUGCUACGUAUCGGGGCGACUUCCGGGAGAACGCGCGCCAUGGCCGGGGCGAAUAUCGAAGCCCGAGAGGCGGUUUUUAUGUGGGCGACUGGAAGGACAACAAGCGCCACGGGCGCGGGCGGUUCGAGCUGCCCGAUGGUUCCGUGUACGACGGCGAGUGGGUCCGGGAUAGUAGACAUGGCAAGGGUACCUUGGACCUGCCGGAAGGGACUUCCUACCGGGGCACCUGGGUCGAGGAUAGAUUUGAAGGGCGGGGCGAGUGCAUCUCGCCGGACGGGAGCGUGUACGAAGGGACGUGGCGCGCGGGCAAGCGGGAAGGCCGGGGCGCGGUGAAGUGGCCCAACGGUGCCAACUACGAGGGGCGGUUCAAGGACGACAAGAUCGACGGCCAGGGGGCCCUUCGGCUGGAGAAGCCCGUGCCUCUGCUGGAAGCCGGGGGUGGCGGCGUGCGGGGGUGGCUGGUUCCGGUGGAAUUGAAGGCGGACCUCGCGCGCGUGCACCAGGUCGCGGGGUUCGACGACAUGGGGUUGUAGAGGGGUUCCUUGGCGUAAGAGGAGUCUUGCCUA